CGCCUGCGUCAGCGCGCAGCGUCACGUCGUCACCGUUUUUUUUCUGCCGCAGCUCCUUUCUCGCAGAGGAAAACAAAAGCCAGCUAACAGUGGAAGUGGUAGAAUUAGCAUUGGAGAUUAGCCCCUUGUCUCACGGAGUGCGGCUGUCGAGUAGCGCAGCUCGGUGAAACCUCACGUGUCGAGUUUGGAGGUUCACCAGUAGCUCUCCUAAUGAUACAUCAGCACUAAGGCGACUUUCAUACUUGCUAAGGAUGGCUAGCUGUGGGGAGGUAGACCACUCUGUGAGCUCGCUUCCAUCCAGUAAGAAAGGCAGCAACAGUGGUGGUGGAAGCGGUAACAGCGCAGAUUCCUCUUGCUCUGGCUCCAGCACUUCAUCCCCAGCCCUGCCUGUACCGGAGUGUGCCAUCUGUCUGCAGAGCUGCGUCCACCCUGUCCAGCUGCCAUGCCAUCAUGUCUUCUGUUUCCUGUGUGUGAAGGGAGCAUCCUGGCAGAGCAAACGCUGCGCUCUCUGCAGACAGGAAGUACCUGAUGACUUCCUGGAGCGGCCUACACUGCUCUCUCCUGAGGAGCUGAAAGCAUCGGCGGGAGGUCGAGGUGGCACAGCCAGCGAUCACGCCUGGUAUUAUGAGGGCCGUAACGGUUGGUGGCAGUAUGACGAGCGAACCAGCCGCGAGCUGGAGGACGCUUUCUCCAAGGGCAAGAAAACAGCUGAAAUGCUCAUUGCUGGUUUUUUGUAUGUAGCUGACUUGGAGAACAUGGUGCAGUACAGGCGCAACGAGCAUGGUCGUAGACGGAAGAUGAAGAGGGACGUUUUGGAUAUCCCCAAAAAGGGUGUGGCUGGACUGCGUUUUGACACUGAAGGUGUUACAGGAGCCCUUGGGGCAGCAGGUCGAGAAAACUCUGCUGAUGGGGCUGAUACCACAGUAGCAGGUGCACAACAGCCAGUUACAGGUAUCUCCUCUACUUUAACUGCCCCUCCAGCCCCAGCCAGACCUCCUACCUCCCUUGGAGGUCAGCCUGGCACCAGCACUAGCCCUUCUGUUGAGGAUGCCCUCUCCCAGCUGCAAAUCAGUCCCAGGCCUACAUCCUCUCACGAGCGGCCUGCACCUGGGGAAGGAGAGGAGGAAGAUGAGGAGGAGGAGGCCUCACCCUCCAGGUCCUCUGAUCCUCUCACAUCUGUGGACGAGUCUGGCUCCGGAGACUGGAGCGAUGAUGAGGAAGAGGAGGAUGAAGAAGAGGAAGGGGGAGAUGGAGAGCGUGCAGAGCCCCGGGAGGAGAGGCCGCAGAGGCAAAGACUGAAUCCAGAGGACAGAGCCCCUCCGGGCGCAGAGUCUUCCUCUCUCUCGUCCAGUAGCAAUGGCAGGUCCAGAAUGCCUGAUGGCCAGUGUACAGUGACUGAGGUGUGAAGUCUUCACUGUAACUUUUCCAUUCCACUAAUUUAUUCCUGGCUUUAUGUCAUCCUUCACUCAGUCACAGAUUGGAUGUGGGUAGGAAAUGUACUCUUUCAAAAACAAACAAGAUCAUGGUUUUAAGUAAACAACUCAAUAUUCGCAGGCAAAUAUUUUGGCUCACAAUAAUCUGAAUCAAUCUGUAUGAGUUGUUUGUAAAUCUCAUCUCAUGUUUACCCAGCCAGUAGAAGCCAUGUUGGGUUUCACUUUCAAACACUGAUCAUUGGACUGAGACAUGAGCUACAGCUUGGUAAACAUGCAGAUGAAUACAGCAUGUUGUUUUGAACUGCGGUGUUCAACUGCCAUCAGGUUGCUCACUUUAAACCAUCUGGAUGUAGGCAUAUCAGGUGUGUUCAUCUUACAUCGCAGACAAGUGGAAAUAUAAAGAUGAAAGUAAUGCAACAACCUAGAUAAUGUUGUGUUUAAAUAUAUGAUCUGUCACCCAGAAGGCCUGUGAGAGUCCCACCCUGAUCUGUGACGUGCAGUGAAAGAAGGUAUAAAUGGGGGAUGUUACUCAUGGAAAUGGAGCUGUGUAAUUUUACAUUGUCGUGAACGGCUGCAUUCUUAAUCAUAAACACUUUUAACUCUCUCCGCUAACAUAGCACACAGAGGCAGGCUGGUUGGAGCUCAAGGUCAUCUGACUAGUCUCCGAAAGAAGUUAAUCCUUAAUGAAUCGUUCCCAACCUCUGCCUCAAUAACUUCCUUACUUCAGAUUGAACUGAUUAUGAGGUUUGUUUCCUCUAAGUUCUCAACUAUUAACAAAGUUUGUCAUUUCAGAGCAGAUUGUGGUUUGGUGGUUAAAGGUGAAGAAAGGAAACAGAAGUACAGUGCAUAAUGAUGCUCUUAAGCUACGUUUUUACAACAUAGUAAUGUAUCUCAGAGGUAAUGUAUGGCUGGCUGCACCUGGUUCUUCCUUAAUGUCAAUUCAUCGGCAGCUUUGUGAAAGUCUAAAAUCUGUAGAGAUGAUGCCCCCUGUUUUAACUGAAUGUGCAUAAUAGAUGUACAUAUCAAAUUAAUUAUAACUUACCCCAGCUUUAAAUAAUUGACAUUUCAAUGUGAAGUAUCAGUGUUUUUCUUUAAGAAGCUCUGGACCUCAUUAGUAUUCUCAUGGUCCCUGACUAAAAGUCUUCUCAAUUGGUGUCUCUAAAGUUUUGUGAUUUGUGCAUGUUUGGAGAGAGAGUUAUUUAAACACUACUGGUCCGCAGGAUGUUGAAAAUUCAUAUUUUUGGGGUUCAGUUCAAUUGAGUAAAUGUUUUUGAAAAAAAAUUCGUUACGGUUGUAAAUUCUUUUACGUAUGACAUCUGAGGCAAUUAGGAGAACAAAAACAUGCUGUGGCUCUUUGCCGUCUGGCAGAAAUUUCCGGUUAUGUUAUUUUUAUAUUUCUUACAUGCUUACAUCAUCAGCUAUUAGACUUUUCACCCUGAGAAAUAAAGUUUGUGUAACAGUUCUUUGCGUGGCAACUUGUUUUUUGUUACCUGGUUUGUAAUUUAAGAAUAAAUUGUAUCAUUUCAUCAUCCUUAAAA